GUCUUGGAGUCUUCCACCUUUGGACUAGAGGCCUGCAGAGUGCCAAGGGAAGUAAUCCCAGAACCAAAGAAAAUCUCACCUACCAUUGUAAACUCUCAGUUCACCUUCUGUGUCUGAGGCAUCAUUGAAGCUGGAUGUGAAAAUGACAAAUCAGAGAGACCCUCAAUGUCUGCACAACCUAGCUUACCACCCACGAUGGAGGCACCACUCAGUUAAAGUGAUAAGAAAGAGGCAUAUAUGGACGGUGACUACAAAUAGUUUUGCUGGCUGUAGAAAGUUUCAGCUAUCAUCAGCACCAUUAUCACUGUCAUCAAAAUCCUUGUCAUCAACACCACAGUUGCCAUCAUCCCCAGUGCAGCAAACCAGAAGAUCAAGGGGGAACUGGUUUUAUCUCCUAUUACUCAUGAUCUCAUUACUUCCUUGUCAAGCAUGGGCAACCACUUUCAAGGUGGCCCUGGUUGGACCUUGGACAUGUGACAUCUUAUACUCUAAGGCUCUCCCUGACUUGGCAGCCCGCCUUGCCACCAGCCGUAUAAACAAGAACCCCUACCUUAAUAAAGGCUACUGGUAUGACUACACAUUGAUUAAUGAGGACUGCAAGUCAACUCGUGCCCUUGUUCGCUUUGCUGAUCUAGAAGGUUACGGUGCUGCUUUCUUGGGUCCUGCUAACCCAGGCUACUGCUCCUCUGCUGCUUUGUAUGCAAAAGAGUGGGAUGUUGGGAUUCUGUCUUGGGGUUGUCUCAAACCCAACAUGAAGACAAGAGACGUGUACCCUACCUUCCUAAGACCACUGCCAUUGUCUGCCCAUGUAAUUUUUACUGUGUUAAGGUAUUUUCGAUGGGCUCAUGUGGCCAUCAUCUCAGAAGAAACUGAUAUUUGGGAAGCCACAGGACAGGAGUUAGCCACUUCACUCAGGGAUCUUGGCCUACCUGUCAACCCUGUAAUCACAAUGGAGAGUGAUAAGGAUGGGCCUCGGAGAGCUCUGACAAGAGUGAGGGAAGCAGAUCGAGUUAGAGUAAUCAUCAUGUGCAUGCCCUCUGUCCUGAUUGGUGGCCAAGCCCAGUACCAACUUCUGACAACAGCCUUAGCUAUGCGUAUGAUAGACCGUGGCUAUGUUUUUAUUACCUAUGACACGCUUCUGUAUUCCCUACCAUACAAAGACGCAAACUACUACAUGCUAGGAAAUGAUACCAAGCUCCGAAAAGCCUAUGAUGGAGUUCUCACCAUCACCAUGGAGUCUGGGGAACGCGAUUUCUAUGAGGCCUUCAGAGAGGCUCAAAACACCUAUGAAAUCCGCAGCAGUACUCCACCAGAACAGGUUUCUCCAUUCUUUGGCACCAUUUACAACAUGAUGUACUAUAUUGCUAUGGCUGCUGAACAAGCCCGCACAAGUGGAGACCGUUGGGUAUCGGGUGCUGUCCUGGGAGAGAGUGAGGGAGGCUUUGAAUUUGAAGGAUUCAAUCAGCAGCUGCAGGCAGGAAGAAACGGUGAAGGGAUGCAGGCUGGCUAUGUAGUGCUGGACUACAGCGGCAUGGGCACCUCGCUCUACUCCACACAUUUUCUUCAUGGUAGUCACACAGACGGCAAGACAGGAGGCUUGCAAUAUCUUGGUCGCUCAGUUCACUUUGCAGGCAGCACUCCCUACACAGAUUCAAGUUGCUGGUUUAGCCCGUACUUUGCUUGCACUGGAGGGAUGGAUAUAAUCACAUUCUUUUUUCUAUUCCUGUUGUUCAUUUCUUUGGUGGGAGGUGUAGUAAACAUCUUUCUUCACUUGAAGAAACAAGGCAAAGUUGGGUUCAGCUUUGGGAGUAAUGGAAACGGUGGCUCAUCGAAGGUGAUCCUGACUCUUGAUGAUCUGGUUUUUAUCAAUACUCAAGUCAGCAAACGGAAGCUAAAUGAUGAAAGUAUCAUGAAAAGCCAAGGCGACAUGAAAACACCUCACCACUCUGUGUCUGGCCGUAGCUACCUAGCCUCCACUCCGGACAGUUCAAACGUUGCUGUGUUUGAGGGUGACUGGGUUUGGUUGAAGAAAAGUCCCACAGGAACAGUUUCUAGUGUGAAUGGCAGCACAGAGGUAGUCUUUGUGAAACUAAGGGAGAUGAGGCACGAGAACCUAAAUCUUUUCCUGGGACUGUUCUUUGACUCGGGGAUCUUUGGCAUUGUUACUGAGCACUGCAGCCGGGGAAGUCUGGAGGAUUUGCUGGGCAACGAAGAAGUGCGUCUUGAUUGGAUGUUCAAGUCUUCCUUGUUAAUGGAUCUGAUCAGGGGAAUGAAGUACCUGCAUCAUCGCAGCAUCAUCCAUGGGCGGCUCAAAUCCCGUAACUGUGUGGUGGAUGGGCGCUUUGUGCUGAAGGUGACAGAUUAUGGGUUUAAUGAAAUAUUGAUUGCACAAAGCAUAGACACUGAUGAUGAAAAGCCUGAGGACUUGCUCUGGUCGGCUCCGGAGCUGCUGCGAGACCCAAGUCUAAGGAGGAAAGGAACUUUCUUUGGUGACGUUUACAGUUUCUCCAUCAUUGUGCAGGAGAUUGUCUCUCGCUCUUCGCCUUUCUGCAUGCUGGAUAUGCCUCCCAAGGAGAUUAUCAACAAGGUUAAAGACCCUCCACCUCUGUGUCGCCCCAUUAUAUCAGUGGAGGAGGCCCCUGUAGAAGUAAUUCAGUUAAUGAAACAAGCCUGGAGUGAAGAUCCAGAUAAGAGACCAACCUUUGAGGAUAUCUUCAAGCAGUUCAAGCACAAAGGAAAGAAGACUAAUAUUAUAGACUCUAUGUUGCGGAUGUUGGAGCAAUACUCCUCUAACUUGGAGGAUCUUAUAAGAGAGAGGACGGAGGAGCUCGAGCUGGAGAGACAGAAAACAGAUCAACUGGUGGCUCAGAUGUUGCCCAAGACUGUGGCCCAGGCGCUGAAGCUCGGCAAGCCUGUGGAGCCGGAACAUUUCAGUGUAGUCACGCUGUACUUCAGUGACAUCGUGGGUUUUACAACCAUCUCCGCGCUCAGUGAGCCCAUCGAGGUGGUUGACCUGCUCAACGAUCUCUACACGCUUUUUGACGCCAUCAUCCCACUGCACGACGUCUACAAGGUGGAAACCAUUGGAGAUGCGUACAUGGUGGCCUCUGGAGUUCCCACCAGGAAUGGCAAUCGUCAUGCAGCAGAGAUGGCCAACAUGUCCCUUGAUAUUUUGAGCCUGAUUGGGAGCUUCAAGGCUAGACACAUGCCUGACCUGAAACUCCGGCUCCGUGUUGGCCUGCACUCCGGUCCAGUCGUAGCAGGAGUGGUUGGCCUGACGAUGCCUCGGUACUGUCUGUUCGGAGACACGGUCAACACCACAUCUCGAAUGGAGUCCACCAGUUUGCCUUACAGAAUCCAUGUGAACCAAACAACAGUUGAUCUCCUGAACAGUUUGAAUAUGGGAUACAAGAUUCAGGUCAGAGGUCUGACAGAGUUAAAGGGAAAAGGUAUUGAGACCACCUACUGGCUGGUGGGGAAGGAAGGUUUUAACAAGCCUCUGCCAGUUCCCAUCGAGACCAAAGACGGUGUCAAUCAUGGUAUCGGGCUGGAAGAGAUCCCUCCAGACAGAAGACAAAAAUUCCUGGAUCGACUGAAGAAGGCGAACUAGGCCGGGAUCAGGGGCUGAUGUUCGAGAUCUGGGAAAAGUCAUGUUUCUACCACGCCAAAGACGUGCUCGUAACGGGAAGCAGCAAACCCAGGAAACAGAAGCGCAUCUGGAACCAGUGAUUUUCACAUUAUGCGUUUUUUUGCAUUAGUAGUGAGAUCACAGCACUUCAAUGAAGAAUCCAGACUCCUCUGUGCAAAAAGGAGGCAAGCAGAAAAGGAUCUUCAAUUGAUUUCACAUCAGUUGUUUUUGAACCAAAAAUGCAUAAAAUACAGCAAGGUCUUUCAUGCACAUAGGAGGUCUAAGAUGUCAGACAACCACCCAAAAAUAAGAGAUAUCUAGCACUGCGUACCAUGUGUUUGGUAGUUGUGCUUCUUUUACUGUACGUAUUCCUACUUUUGUGCGUUAUAAAGAUAUUGAUCAGAUUUUGUCAGCGGCCCAAAAGCUCAGUUCUCCCAACUGCACUUCAGAAGCCCUCAUUGUCAAAACUACACAUAUAUUAGACAUCAACUCCUAUUACUAUGAGUUUCAUUAGGAUUUAUUUAUCAGCGCCUGGCUCAGUCCGGGUAGUUGAGGAAUACUCCGGUCUUUGCAGUACAAAUCACAAAGUGGAGUAGAUUGUUUAUGUGACAUUUCAUUUUGAAAUGAUCUAACAUAAUCUAAAAGAAGUAAACUAAAUUCCCCUGGUGUAAAGUAUCUGCAAAGACAGAACAGAAAACGCUUCAGGGACCCUCUCACCGUCCAGUACCUGUAACAAAACUGCCAAAAUUCUCCAUCCCACUGCUUCUGUGGUUUCAAAUCUUUUCGAAUGACAUGCCAGGGAAAGUGCUGGAGUCUAGCGCCCCCACCUGUUGACUGAAAAAUGGCUACUUUAGCUUACACUUACAGA